AUGGACUGGCAGAUGUUAAUGGCUGUCAAUGCACAGCUCUGUAAACAUGGAAAUGGACAAAGAUGCGCAUUUACAAACCUUUCUUUCGAAGCCAGGCCCCGCCGCUACCGUACGAUUCGGCAAAUUGAGCGCAUCAACAGCCAAGAGCUGGCAAGGGCAGCCCGACUAGAUGGCACAAAGGGAUCAUGGCACGAUGACUACAGACACAGCCCCUAUAUAUACAUUGGCGGUCUGCCGUUUGAGCUGAAUGAGGGGGAUAUUUUGUCCAUCUUUUCACAGUAUGCGGCCCAUGUUUGUUUGUCUAGAUAUGGAACGAUCAUUGAUAUCGAUCUAGCUCGGGAGGCAUCCGCAGAUGUUUCAGGUCCAUCGCCUAAUCUUGAUAGAAAGGGCAAAAGCAAGGGGUUUGCAUUUGUCGGGGGCGCGCGAAAAGCCAAUGCGCAAGCACAGGAGAAAUCUACCUCCACUAGGUCGGCCGCUACACAUUCCGACCACGAUAGUAAUGAUGCUGCGCAGAGACUCUAUGGCGUGCAUUCUCCUCGCACACGUGAUCCGGCUGGCGGUGCCUCUUCGCAGCAUGAGCAUGCUUUGUCUGAUGGAUACAAGGUCAAGGACCGUGAAAAGCCCUAUCACCAUAGUACAGAGCAUCACCGCAGAAGGCGGUACUACUCUCCAGGGCGACGUACCCCUCCACCAUCGUGA